GGAGCAGCAAGUUUUUCACCACUAGGCGUGUAUGCCUCUGUGUUUGUUGUUUUGUGUUUAUGUGUGUGCACGGGGCUUUUCUUGACAUACAGUUUGGACUAAAGCGAGUGUCAGCAGCCUUAGGAAGAAACUCUUGGUGGGGGUGUACAGCAACAUACAGGACACACUCAGAGUCAGACUUAUGUCGCAGCCGAGCCAGGCAACACCCAAACCGGCAGCUCAGGUCUCCACUGUGAAGCCUGCAGAGUUUGAGAAGUCAGGAUCCACCAUGACUUCAAAGGCUGGGGCGGUUGCCACGACAACAGCCGCAGGGAGCGGUGUGGCAGCAGGAAAAGACUCACCUAAAACCAAAACAGAGACUGCUGCAACCUCUCAAGUCAAAGCAAAGUCCACGGCUCCUUCUCUUGAUGCUGGAACGACAACCACCACUUCAGUGACCAAACCUCAAGUCUCAGCCAAGACUUCGACUGCUGCUACAACAGUCAAAGCUGAAGCGCCUAAAGCUGAUACCGCUAAAACAUCAAAGCCAGCUGCUCCGGCAGCAGCUGGAAAAGUGACCGUGCAGGGCAAGAAAGAGGAUGCUAAAACAACACAAACAAAGGUGCAGGUGGAGGUUCCUUCAGCAGCAGCAACAACCAAACAGGCCUCAGUUGAUGACCCGUUUGCUGCCCUGGGGGAAACUCUAGCACCAGCUGAACCUGUCGCACCCAAACAGCCUGUUUACACCGGGCCACAGGUCAAAGAGAGCGUGGUCACCAGUGAGAAGGGUCACAAGUGUGGGGAAAGAGAGGACUCGCUACCUCCAGGAUACAGAUUUGAAAAUGUGGCUCCAGCUCCUGCAGAUGUUAAACCAAAAGAUGUUCCUAAACCUAUAAGUACAGACGAGGCUCUGGAGUCCCUUUCGUUUGGUUUUACGACAUCCACAGCUCCACCUGGACCUACAGAGCAGAAGAAAGUUGCUCCUCCUGCUGAUAAAAAAGCGAGGUUAGAGAAAGCCCCAGAGAAUGUCUCAAAGGCAGCAGUUCCUCCUGUAGCUGUUUGCCCUGCUCCCCCAGCAGAUAAAAAAGCAAAGAUGGACCAAGCUGCAGCUGAGUUCUCCCUGGAAGCUGGACUUGAAUCCAAAACGGACCCCCAGCUCAAGUCUGACAAGGAUGUCUCCAUGUCUCUGGACGCUCUCAGUGAACUUGUAGACAUGUUGCCAGAAGACAAGCCGAAACCUGAGUCUCCCAAACUGAAACCCAAGGACAUCGUCCCAGAAGACAAAGUGAAGAAGGAGAAGGGUGUACGUGUGGGAGAGAGGGAGGACUCGCUUCCUCCAGACUACAGGCUUAAAGAGGAAGAUCUCAAAAAAUUACCCGCUCCUAAACCCGAGCCCACCAUGGAUACUGGCGAAGCUCUGGACAUUUUGUCUGGAGACUUCAUGACCUCUUCAUCAGCCUCUCCUGUGCAGGCCCCUGUGGUCACCCCGUCAGCUGCUUCAGCACAGAAAGCUCCUCCUCCUCCUCCACCUGCUGGCAAGAAAGCUGCUGGUGGUAAAGUUCCUGACAAGUUGUCUCCGGAGGCUGGUUUGUCUGCUUCCAGUGCCAAGAAAGUGGAGUCCUCUGGUGUUCCUCCUAAAGCCGUGUCUACCGUCCCUGAUAAGACGGCCGUUAAAGAGAAAACUGCAGCUGAGGCUAAACCCAAACCUGAGAAGGUGGCCUCCAUGGAUCUGGAUGUUCUCAGUGCUCUUGGAGACACAUUGCCAAAAGACGUGCCAAAACCUGAAUCUCCCAAACUCAAACCUGAAGACAUCGUCUCGGAAGACAAAACGAAGAAGGAGAAAGGUGUACGUGUGGGAGAGAGGGAGGACUCGCUUCCUUCAGAUUACAGAUUUAAAGAGAGAGAUCUCAAAAAACUACCUGCUCCUGAACCUGAGCCUGCCAUGGGGACAGGAGAAGCUCUGGACAUUUUGUCUGGGGACUUUACCACCUCCUCAACUGCUCCUUCUGUCCAGGCUCCUGUUGUAAAACCCACAGACCCUCCUGCACAGAAAAAGGUGGAGGAUUUGUCGGCUCUGGACCUGCUCUCUAGUGAUUUUGUGGCUCCAUCUAAAGCUUCUGGAGUUCAGGUUCCUGCCCCUCCUCCUACAAAGACACCUCAAAAGACAGCUGGUCCUCAGGAGCAGCAGUCCAUCGUUAAGGUCACCUCGGCAAAACCAGCACCCACCAAACCUGAGGCUGAGAAGCUUCCUGUUCAGGAUGUGUCAGUCCUUGAUGAUGCUCUCAGUGCUCUUGGUGACACUUUGACACCGGAUGAACCAAAAAAAACCGAAUCCCCCAAACUUGAACCUAAAGAUAUUAUCUCGGAGGACAAAAUCAAGAAGGAGAAGGGUGUGCGGGUAGGAGAGAGGGAAGACUCACUUCCUCCAGAUUACAGAUUUAAAGAGGACGAUCUUAAAAACCUGCCUGCUCCAAAACCAGAGCCCACCAUGGAAACCGGUGAGGCUCUGGAUAUUUUGGCUGGAGACUUCACAACGUCCUCGGCAGCUCCUCCUCCUGCCCAGUCUCCUGGUGUCCCCCCCUCAGCUCCUCCUGCAGAGUCCCCUGACGAUGCUCUGGACCUCUUGGCAGGAGAUUUUGUUUCCUCCACUGUUGCUUCAGCAGUAAAAUCUGCUCCUUGUCCUCCUACAGCCUCGGGUGAACCGCUGCCAGCAGAAGCAGACAACGCCCUGGAUGCUCUGUCUGACACUCUCAAGGACAUCGCCCCUGAACCUGUGCAGCCCGCCCCAGUUCCUGCUAAAGACGUCGUGAAGGAGAAAAAGAUUGUUGAGGAGAAGAUGUUGAAGAUGGGAGAGAGAGAAGACUCGCUGCCGCCUGAGUAUCGACCCACCGAGGAGGAUCUGAAGAAAAUGAAAGAAUCAAAGGAGAAAGAAGCUGCCAAACCCAAGAAGGAGACGAUGGACGACCAGACGGCGUUGAACCUCCUGUCUGGUGACUUUUCUGCUGCGCCUCAGCCUCCAGCGCCCGUCGGCUCAUGCACAACAAAGCUGGAGCCUCCUGCGCACCAAUCGGAGCCCCCGAAGCCGAAGGCUGGUCCUGUUCUGGACUCCCGGGCUGAAACCGUGAUCGACGGCAGCGCAGACGCUAAACCUAAAACAGAGAAGCCAAAGACACAGAAGACGCAGCCUGCCGCAGAGCCGCCUGCCACUGGCGUCCUCUCAGCUCAGCUGAGCAAAGAUGUUGUGCCGUCGUCUACAGCAAAGGGAGGCAAGAGCUAGUUCACUUGGUUGUGGGUGCAACUCGUCCUCCAGACCACAGGGACACAUCGGUGAGGGAGCUGCUUUUUGGAUGGUGAUUCUAUUUUUCUAACUCGUCAAGAAUGUAUACUGGAUGACCGACAGGCUUGGGUCCGACCUGAACACGUCACACGUAUAAACACGUCUUCUUCAAGCACCACUGUUUCGUUUUUUUUUUCCUUUCAUUGUUUUCUUUGGUUUUGUGCACAAAGAUGGGGAAACUUUAUUUUUUGUUUGUUUGUCUCUGGAAAAAACGAACGCAGACGUUUCGCAACAGGACGGAGGUCAAGAGCGAGCAAAGAGACAAAAGCACAACGAAGGAAAAAGCACAAACUUCUUCUGUCUACAUCAGCUGAUCUCACAGACAUCACGACACGUGCGCUCCGUCAGGCUGGUGGCGGUGAUGUCGGGUGGAGCAGCGGGGGCUGACAGCACUGUGGGGGGGUUCAUAUUUACAGAAACUAAAGCCAAGUUUUGUCUCGCGUUGUGUUCGGGUGCUGUUUAGACACUAGUGUACAGCUUUGAGUAUAUCUGGACCGAUCUGUUUACAUUAUUAACAGCGUGGAGGUGUUCGUUCUGUCUCGGAGAGGUUUGUGCUUCGCUUCUGUAGUAAGAAGAGCCUUUUUGUACAAGCUUGGCCUUUACGAAACAAAAAGUCCUCGUGUUCAGAAGUGCACUUGAAGCUGCCGCUCUUCGUUUAUAAUUUCUUCUGUCGAAACCAACGCCGUCAUUUACAAAACAGCUGUCGCUUUCACGUCUGGGUGAAGAAUCCCUACGCCAAAUGUUCUUUUGUUUUUCUUUUUUUUAUUUGAGGGAGAAAAACUUUAAAGUUAGGAAAUACUAAAUAAAGUGUAUAAUUUGUCUAAAAUGUAAAAAUAAGCGCUUAAAGCUACACAUUAAAUUUUAACUGAACAAACACUGUCUUAUUAAAGAUGUAAGGGAAGUGUGUGUGUGUGUGUGUGUGUGUGUGUGUGUGUGUGUGUGUGUGUUGGAGGGAACAGGAUCUCUUCUGAACGUUUCUGUUUUCCACUCUUCGUACGGUUGAAGCAGCCCACUUCCUUUCGACUCAGAGGGUCGUAAAUGAACGUCGACGCGCUCCGAGAUGUUGAACUCUUUGUGUCGAGACUCCAAACGAGUGGCGGGACGCAGAUGUGUCGGGUGUUAUCCGUGCAAAAGAAUCGAAUCAAAAUAAACUAACGAAGACGAAACACGACCCACAGAGCUCGGAGGAAAUCUUUUGUCUGGAACUUUUAUUUGAUGUUGGUUUUUUUAAUUUUUACAACAGAGUCGAAAACAAUGACGACUAUUAAAAAAACAUGGCUUGAAUAUUUGUUCUUGGUUUUUGUUUUCAGUCUUUGACUUUUAAGAGAAAUAUUCUGA